CUCGUCUCCUGCGCGGUUGUUUCCGUUCUCCAUAGUUCUCUCAAAAAACAUCAAAAAACGAAGAUAAACGGCUUUGUCUGUCAUUUUUGAGCUGUCAUCUUUUUGUAACUCAACUUGUUUUUAUCUGAAAUCAGCGGGAUGCCCUCCUUUCUUCUUUCCUGAUACCGGUCUCUUCUUCCACUGCAGUGAUGUCAGCCUCGGAGCGCCUUUUGCUGCCAGAGGAGGUACUGCAGCUGAGCGACCCUCUCGGAGCAGAGGCUGUGUUCUCGUGGUUAAACCGACUGAAGAACCAACUGCCCCUCACUGACAAGGCAGAGAUCAAAAAGAUUCAGCGGCGCCUCGUGGACCAGCUUUCAAGUGUUCUGAUCGGCUCACCUGGGCCUCCUGUUCGGGUCCUAUUGGCCCAUUGCCUGGCCUUGUUAUUCCACCUAGGAGACCCCUUACCCUGCAGCCUAUUAGUCGAAAAGUGCAACGACAUCAUCCGCAACAAAGAUGACUCCCCCUCUGCCCUCCCCUCCCGCCUUGCGGCGGUGGCUUGUCUGGGCUCUUUGUUUGAACAAUUGGGUCGAAUGCUCAAUGGAUCCUCAAAAGACACAUUUACAAAUCUACUACGGGCGCUGAAGAAUGCAGAGUCUCAAGGCCGAUGUGAGAUCCUGGCCUCUUUGGAGAAGAUGCUUCGUGGUUUGGGGCCCUCAGCAGCCCCUGUUCACAGAGAUAUCUACAAAUCUGCACGCACCUGUCUCACAGACCGCUCCAUGUGUGUACGCUGUGCUGCUGCCAAGUGUCUGCUGGAGCUCCAGAAGGAGGCACUGUUCCUGUCCUCAGAGCUGGAGCACAUGUCCACAGCUUGUUUUCGAGCGUUUGAUGGAGCCUCAUCUUCGGUCUGUGUCUCUGUCUCAGAGCUGUUGGGCACUCUGCUGGCUACUGCACUACAGCCCAAGAACAAAACAGCUCAGAGAGUGCCUGGAGUGCCCCCUGGAGGAGGAGCUGUGUCUCUGGAGGAGGUGAUGGACCUGCUGCUUGGGGGCUUCAUCAGAGGAGGAGCAGGCUUCCUCAGAGUGUCUGGAGACAAGCUCAAAGGAACCAGCUCUGUCAGCAAAGAAGUCCGCUUCGGCAUCGCUCAGACCUGUGUGGUCCUGGUCUCGUCUCUGGGCUCCAUGUGGUUGGAGCAGAACCUCUCUCAGUUCUUGGCUUUGGUGCUGGAGCUCGUGUCCCACUCGCGGAGCUCUCUGUCCCCCAGUGACUCUGUGCUGUGUCGGGGGUGUGUGUCUCUGGUGCUCAGAGCCAGUCUGGGGGGGGUCCUGGGGGAGAAGGCCCAGAGCAACGCAGUGCAACAUCUAUGUGGGACUGUGGGGGCACACAAGAGAGCCAUAGACUCCUCCUUCUCUGACGCAGCAGCAGAUCCCAGAGCCUCCUCAGACCUGUCCUCCUUACAGCACGCUCUCAUCUGUGUCCUACUGGAGCUGGGAGCCCUUCUCCUGGGGUUAGGCUCCUCUGCUGAGCCUCUGCUGUCUGACCCCUCCACAGCUCUUGUAGACUCUGUGAUAGCGGUCUUACUCCACCCCUCUGCUGCCGUGAGACUGGCCGGUUCUUGGUGUUUACGCUGCGUGGCCGUGGCGAUACCAUCCCAGAAUGCACUGCUGCUGGACCGCUGUGCAGAGAGGCUAACAGUGCUUAAGUCCAGUCCAGAGGCACUGUCUGGAUUUGGGUCUGCGGUCUGUGCCCUCGUCUCAGCUGCCCAACAUCACAACCUGGGUCUGCCCCACAGCAAAGGAAAGAUGGUCUUGUCUCUGGCUGAGGGCCUGUUGCGUUCUGCGUCUCAGAACAGUCGCAUCUCCUUACAGAGGACUCAGGUGGGCUGGAUGCUCCUGGCCUCUCUCACCACUUUAGGUCCGUCAGUAGUGGAGGUUUUCCUGUCUCGUCUCCUCCUCCUCUGUCGCUGUGUGUUUCCAGCCUCAUUAAGGGAGCAGGAUAUGGAGCUGCGGCGUGGGGACUACUUUACGUGGCAGGUUACGCUGGAGGGACGCUCAGGGGCACUCUGUGUUCUUAGGAGCCUCCUGGUGCACUGUAAGGAGCUGAUGUCUGAGGACACUCUGUCUCGACUCCUCACUCCGCUCAUCUGUGCCACCUCCAUGCUCAACAAACUGGGCUCUCUGCUGCGUUCUUACGGCUCGUCCAUUCGUCCUUUCACAGUUGUGUACAGACUCAGAGUCUAUGAGCUCCUUGCUGAGCUGCCCCCGCACACGUAUCAAGAAAGCUUUGGUCUUGUGAUGAACCAGCUGGUGUCAGACCUCUGCUUUCCAGACCAGUCCUGCUCAGAAUUAACCCUGAUGCCCUCCCUCUGCUUCUCUGACGACCUUUGUCUGAUCAGUCCGGGUCUUAAUGACCCCCACCAAACAUUUAUACAUCAGCUCCAAAGCAGCAGUGGUUCAGGGGGCGCUCUGGAGAAUGACCCCUUCUGCCUCACUCUUAAAUCGGAUACUCCUCCGGCUCCUCUCCCCUCCGCUCUGGCUCUGAUGGAGGUUACUGUGCGUCUGUUUGGAAACCUGUUCCCCAACAUCAUUUCCGCUCAGAGGGUGAAGAUCUUAGAGCAGUUUGUGGACUCUGUGAAUCAGCUCAAAGGACAAAAACAGCAGACCGUCCAGACCCAUGUGUGUGCUGCCCUCUGCAGUGUGCUCAAGGUUCACUCCCGCUCUCCUCUGGGCCCCUCGGAACUGCGGCCUCCUGCUCUGUCUCUCCUAUGGGGGGCGCUAGAGAGCUCCUCCCCUUUGCUCAGGUGUGCAGCUGCCGAAGGACUUGCCCGAUUAGUCCAGAGCGCCAAUGACUCCGCCUUCACUGUGUCCGCUGCCCUCCUCUGCUUCGACAGACUGAAGAUGUCUCGGGAUGCGGCCUCUCGCUGUGGUGUAUCUUUGGCACUGGGGUCGUUGUACCGAUAUCAGGGCGGGAUCAGCUCAACUCAACAUCUUUGCAGCUGUGUGGGUGUCCUGUUUACACUGAGCCAAGAUACUACAUGCCCUGAAGUACAGGCCUGGGCUCUCCACAGCCUCUCCUUGAUCAUGGACUUCUCUGGAGGCUUGUUCCGUGUUCACUUGGAGCCGUCUGUGUCUCUGGUCCUGAGGCUGCUUCUGUCGUCUCCUCAGACCCACCCUGAGGUGCACCUGAGCCUGGGCAGGUGUCUCCAAGCACUCAUCACCUGCCUGGGACCCGACCUGCAGGAGGACAGCUGUGCAUCCCUCAGAGACAGCAUCUCUCUGGGAUCUCUGGUUCUUCAGAGCUCUUCAGACCUGUUGGUUCAGUCCAGGUCCAUCUCGUGUUUGCAGCAGCUCCACAUGUUCUGUCCUGCUCACGUGGACCUCAGACAGUUGGUGCCCACUCUCUGUGGCAUUUUGUUGGACAGUUCUCAGGUGGUGAGUUUGAGCCAUUGGAGCCUGCUGCUGCGCCGUGCUGUCGUCUCGUGUCUGAGACAGAUCGUUCAGAGAGACUCUCUGGAGGUCUCUCAACUCGCCGUGAGUUUGGCAAAAGAGCAGGCGCCCAAAGAGGCCUCCCCCCUGGAAUGCACACUGCGUGAGCUGGGCCUAGAAGGCGCUCUCUUCUCUCUGUUGGACCGUGAAACUGAUCCUGGUCUAGUCCAGGAUUUGGACCAAACUCUGGGGUUUAUGAUGGUCUCCAGUCUGAACAGCAGCAGAGUGGGACAAUGGCUCAGGCUGUGCAGGGACGUGCUCUCUGCUACUACAGACCUGAGCGGGCCCCAGGACUCACUCGAGGAGGAGGAGGAGAGAGAGGACUGGAGUUCUCUUGGAGCUCGCUCAGAAACAGUUUCUCCCUUCAGCACCCUCCGCUGGUCCACACGCCGCAUCGCAGUCGAGUCAGUCUGCACUGUGAUCCAGACCUGUGCCAAGAAUGAGACCACAGACUUGCUGGUUCCUCGCCUAGGAGACCUGGUGCGUAUGGCGUUCAUGGCUUCCACAGAUCAUAGCGCCCCCCUUAGGCUAUCGGGGUUACAGACACUGUUGGAGAUCAUCAGAAGCUUCAGCUCCAUCGAAGAGCCAGAGUUCCCCGGGCACUUCCUCCUCGAGCAGUACCAGGCCAAUGUGGGAGCUGCUCUGAGGCCGGCCUUUACACCUGAGGCCCCGCCAGACGUCACAGCUAAAGCCUGUCAGGUGUGCAGUGCGUGGAUCUGCAGUGGAGUGGUCAGUGACCUCAAAGACCUCAGACGAGUCCAUCAGCUUCUGGUCUCUUCUCUGUCCAAGAUCCAAACAGGACCGGAAUCCAACUUGCAACUCUACAACGAGGCCGCCGCUACUAUGGAGACUCUCGCCGUGCUCAAGGCCUGGGCCCAAGUUUACAUUGUGGCAGUGCAGCAAAACAGGGCGAGCUCCGAUUGGUCGACAGACUUUACAUCCUCUUCAGCCAAUGAUGUCACAGCUCUUGAGUCUGAAGGGGCGGGACUUCUGGGGCUGGUCCAAUCAGAUCUGCCGACUCUGAGCCGCCUGUGGCUCUCGGCGCUUCAGGAUCAUGCCACGCUUAGUCAGCCCCCAGAGCAGCCCGUCACAGGAGGUUCGUUCUUCUCCUCAGAGACGAUGCACCAGGCUCGCGUUCACUUCUGCUCCUCCUGGGCCCCUAUCCUCCACGCCUCCGCGCUCUGGCUGCACUCCACCGGUUUGGCAACCUCAGAGGACACACCUGUGCACCUGUCCCGCCCAGCCACGCCCACCUCUUUAGGUCACUCGGGGGGAGGAGCCAAAAGCCCAGAGGAUGUGAGCGAGGAGAGACUGCACCUAAUCUUGGGUGUGGCGGUGCAGUUCCUGUGCUCUCCUCACUCUCAGAACCAGAUGGAGAACAUUCUGUCGUGUCUCAAGGCUCUUCAGGUUCUUCUGGACAUCCCCUGGCCCCGGAACCGCAUCAGCAAUGACCAGUCCCUGUCUGUGGAGCUUCUGUCUGUUCUGCACAGGCUGAUGGUGACCCGAGAGUCUGAGGAGGUGCAGAGUUCAGUUAUGGAUUUACUCAAACGGAUCGUGUGCUCUGCUCAAGAGCACGUCCGCGAGAAACGCCACUCUGCAGAAGUGGACGAUGGUGCCUCAGAGAAGGAAACUCUCCCUGUGUUUGGAGAGGGCAGAGACACUGGAGGUCUGGUCCCAGGACAGUCUCUUGUUUUCUCUGCUCUUCAGAUGUGUCUGUGUGUGCUGGUCCGAAAACUGCCCCAACUCAGUCCAAGGCUAUCCGGGACCAAGACCGGGACUAAGGCCAGGUCUACAGGAGUGAGUGAGGUGUGGAGUCUCUCACACUCAGACUGUACCCUGGUCUCCUCUGCUCUGUUUGUCCUCUCUGAGCUGCCGUCCCUCUGCUCCCCUGAAGGAAGUGUUUCAAUCCUGCCCACAGUCUUGUACCUGCUGCUGGGAGUGCUCCGAGAACUUGUGCACCGGCCCUGCUCGCUUACAGAUCCUGUCUCUGGUCCAGGCUCUGGUCAUCCUGGUCUGAUUCAGUCCUGUCUUCAGUCUCUCAGAGCAGUUCUGUUGAGUCCGAUGAGUAGACAAGAGAAAAGUCGAGAAUCCUGGGUCCAACUUCUGCAGUCGGCCCUGAGCUCUCUGCUGCUGCUCUGGGAAUGUGAUGAUCCGGAGCUGGAGGUGGACCAGGGGGCUCUCCUCAGAGCUUUAGCUCAGUUUCUGGUCUCCUCCUCUGGAUCAGAUGUCUGUGGUGUGCCCCCUCUGUGUUCCCUCAGUCUGGACAAGUUCACCUGUGCCAUGGACUCCAAGGACCCACAGGUGCAGUCUGUGUGCUUCCAGCUGCUCAGCUCCCUGUUCCAGACUCCAGCUCCGGUCUCUGGACUGUACAUCCGGGCUUUGGGCCCAGCUCUGGUCCGGUUCCUCAAGAAAGUGGAGCGCUGUCGGCCUCAGACUCUAGAGGAGCUCGGGUCAGUUCUGGAGGCUGUGAGAGCCAUGGAGACUCUGGUCCAGGCAGCAGAACCACAGCACAGGUCUCAGUUGGUGUCUCUGCUGUUGCCGCUGCUUGUCUCAUUCCUAUUGGAUGAGAAUGCACUUAGCUCCGCCCCACCAGCCUCCCGCUCGUUGCAUGACUCUGCGCUGAAGGACCUGAUGAGGAUCGGACCCCAGCACCCUGUGGUUUUCAGGUCUGUGAUGAGUUUGUGUCCAGAGUUAAAGUCUCGUCUGGAGGCUGCAAUCAGAGUGAACCAGGAGCAGCUCCGGUCCAAGCCCAGCUCAGAGGCCUCUUCUCGUGGUCAGAGCAGCACCAAGACCCCCUCCAUCACACUGAAGACAAACUUCCUCUGAACCACAGACAUGUCCAGGUUUAGUCCGGAUUUAACACUAAUUUAGACCCAUUAGUUUAGACCUGCUGUAGUCCAGGUUUAAAGGCACAGUAUCUGAUUUUUACUGCCUUGAAACGUGAAACCUGCUUGUCUCCAUUAAAAUAUUAUUGCUUUGCCUGGAAUGUUCCACAGUAUGGCAGUAAACUAUCUAUUGAGAUCACCAGGCCAAAUUACAGGUCAGAUGUUUGGAGAGGUGACUCCUCCCAGAGUAAGAUAUUUUUAUUAACAUUAAAACACAUCCAACUCAAUAAAUGCAGUUAAAUAGAUUUAAAGCAAAGCAAAGCCCCCUCCAUGGAGACAAGCAUGGAGAUGACCAUCCACCACAAUGUUACCACAGUGCAGCAUCAAAGUCUCUGUACCUGAUUUUUAUUAUCUUAAAAACAUGAGAAAAACAGAACUAGUUCAUUUUAAACAAUUUACAGUGGUCCAAAUUUAUUCCUCACUUACCUUGUGCAUUCAGAGCAUCCUAAUUAUUCACCAAGAUGAGUUUAAUAAGCACUUUCCAAAACUCACAAUCCAGAAUGGAGUUUUGCUGUGACACUAAAGCCAACAAAUAGCAUUCUAACACACACUUCCUGAUAAAACAAACUGACAAUAAAUCGCAUUAUAAUCAGAUGCAAACAGCACACAAGAGACUUAUUUUGACCUCCAGAGCUGCUUAUACAUUUAUCUGUACUGGGGCAGGACACGUUUUGCUCAAACAUGGGGUAAAAAAAAAAAAAAAUCAAGUACAGGACCUUUAAUCCUAGUUUAGACCUAGUUUAGUCCUAAUCUAGACUUUAUUUAGCCCAUCUCAGACCUCAUUAACAUAAUUAUACUACAUUAAAAUUGAUACUGACAGAGGUUGGAGGCUGCUUCUGCGCUUGUCUCCCUCUCCCCAGACGCUUUCCUUUUAAUGAAGCUCAUUUACGUUUUUAAUCAGUUUACAAUGGCCUUAUGCGUGUGAGAUUUUAACUAAAUAGUGACACUACAUUUGACUGUUUGAACUCUAACACACGUUU